AGAAAAAGAAAAGUCCAAAAGCUAGAUUGACCACACUUAUUUAAAAACAUAAAAUUUAUCUGAAAAGAAAACAUUAUAGUGAAAACAUGAAUCCCAUUUCAAGCCUCGUCUUUGUGCUUCUUUUGGCUGUCUUUCCAACCCAAAUUUUUUGCCAGAACUUGAUUGAUCGAGCUUGUGGUUACACUUCGUACAAGUCACUAUGCCUAAGCACUCUUCAAUCGAACUCUGAGGCCAAAUCAGCAAAAGAUCUCCUGACUAUAGCCAAAGUUGCACUAAAACAUACAGGGAAGAAAGCUGGCGAAAUAAAUGCUGAAAUCACCAAACUGCAAGGUUCAGCAAAGGACGAGGGCUUGAAGCAAGCCCUAACCGAUUGUGCUGAGAACUAUGGAGAUGCAAUUGAUCAAAUUCAGGACUCGACCGUUGCCUUGGGAAAUAAGAAAUAUAAUGAUGUUAAUACAUGGGUUUCAGCUGCCAUGAACGAUGCAGACUCGUGUGAGCAAGGUUUCCAGGAUCAGUCCAUCAAGUCUCCAAUGUCUGCUUCGAAUACCAAAUUUACCCAGCUAAGCAGCAAUGUGUUAGCCAUGACCAAUCAGCUCUAAGCCUUGAUUCCAUGUUGACAUGAGUAAAAUUUCCAAUAAUCAAGUUGGUGCUCAUUUAUCUCCAUGUGGCCCUAGUUUUUAGUUACCAAAAAAAUUGAAUAAAUAUUCCAUAUUCUAUGAAGUAUCAAUGACGCAUCUACUAUAGUUUGUACUAGCUAAUGGUUUAUAAUUGAUACAA